CGUUGUAUUAUAAAAAUGUACCUCAGGAAAAUUUUCAAUUGUUUGCCGAUGCUUUGAAGCUCACUUGAUAGUCACAAUACAUUCAGUCGAUCAGAAGCGAAACGGCACUCAGAUUGUGUGUGAUAUAAAAAACCACCGACAAAACUAAAAAAAAAAAAUGUCAUACUCCUGGGAUAACCGUGUUGACUUUGUUGUUCGGUAUAUGUAUGAUAUCGACAACAAUGGCUAUCUGGAUCAAAAUGACUUCCAGUGCAUGGCCGUUCGGGCAUGCGUUGUGGAGGGCAAAGGCGACUGCAGUGCUGCCCGCAUUGCAGAAUAUCAAAAACUCAUGAAGAACUUGUGGGAUGAAAUCUCAGAAAUCGCCGAUGAUGAUAAGGACGGUAAAAUUUCAAAUGCCGAAUUCAAAGAAGCCGUGCGAAAAACUUGCGUCGGCAAGAAAUACGACGAAUUCCCCCAGGCAAUGAGGGCAUUUAUUGAAGCCAACUUCAAGAUCCUGGACAUCAAUAGUGACGGUAUUGUCGGUGUUGAGGAAUACCGUUAUAACUGCAUUACCAGAAUAGCUAUCGAUGAUGUUUCACCAAUCGAUAAAGCAUUCGAGUCGUUAUUAAACGACGAAGACAGGAAACGCGGUGGUCUGUCAUUGGAUCGUUAUAAGGAACUGUACUCUCAAUUUUUGGGCAACACUGCCGACAACCAUCCAGCUGUCAACUUGUUCGGGCCUUUAUAAAUAAAUAAUUUAUGAAAAAAGCAACAAAAAUAACUAACUAAAAUUAAUAAAUAUAUAUUUUUUUGAUUGUCUUCGCUGUUGUUCAACUAUUGUCAUUUAAGUGUCAUUCAUAAUCACUGUACAUUAUAUCUAAAAUUAAUUAACUAUGGCAAAAAAGUGAAUUUACGUUAUGUACCCACGCACACCGAAAAGUAUGUAGAAUCGUUUUAAACAACCAAAAAAAAAAAAAAUAAUGAAAUAUUAAAAA